UUUUUCUAUUUUUUUCGUACCCUUUGUGACAUGAAUUUGAUUUGAGAAUAGUGAAAUGAGAAUUGAAAAGUAUAGAUAAUUAAUUAUUCAGUUUAAUUGAUAAAUGACUACUCUCAGAAUGAUACUUGAUCUGAACGUUCAUUCGCGGUAAUGCUACUCAUACGAACGAAAAAUUGUAGUAGUUUUGUUGGUGUCCGAAUUCCGAAAUCGUCUUAUCUCAUUGACGAUUCUAACGAUGGCUGUUCCCAGUUCCUUUGAGCAUUUUUCAUCAAUACAACGACAAUAAGUAAAUCAUUAUCACAUCCUGAAUACAUUCGACUAGCAGUGGCUGAAAACAUACCCUCAGUACAUCAAAAAAAUGCUCCUUUGAAUUAUUGGUGCACCAACUCGGAUUCAACAUUCGGGUACUGACGUUUCGCAAGAAGUGGUUGAUAAGAAAAAGAAACUUUGUAUAGACUGUAUCGAAGAUAUUCUCGAAGUACAGAGGGUCAAAGAGCAACUUGCUGCCAGAUUAGAUGCUCCUAAAAAACCUGCUGUCAAUAAUAUUUAAUCUUUAUCAGAAACUAUGUCCAUUGAAAAGAUCUCUCCUGCAAUUAUAAAUAUGUAUAACGAAGGCUGGCUUAAUGAAGUACACGUUAACGAAUGGACAGUGUUGGAACGUGCUAAACUAUUCGAUCAAAAACCGAACAACGUCUACAAAACCUUAGAAUCUCUUCUGUUGUUGAAGUCAGUUACAUUAAUCGAUUACAGUACGUUAUUUGGCGACGAUUCUUUUUCAAAUGUGACAGCUCUUGUUAAUAAGGGUGCUCGGCCACUCUCUGAGAAACUAUUUCAAAAAGCGCUGAGCUCUGUUACAACUUCAAUCAAAAACAUCAUCAAGACCCAGACGCUGAGAAAAAGUUCAGUGGUAGUGAGUAUCGAUACAACCGAUGAUAAUUUCAAUUUUAAAGUAACCGAACAAGCCGAUACUUCGUUGAAUGAGCAAUAUGGAUUAACUGACCAUGAACUGAUUGAAGUUAAGCAGCUCUUGAAAGCUUUUCAUUUACAUGAUGAAAAAUCACUGAGCGAAUCCCUGGCUGAAUUCUUAUACUUGGGAGACGAUUCAACUGAUUGCAAGAACGAAACGAAGAAGACCAUAAGGGUUGGAGCAUUAUGUAUUUAUCCGGCUUUUGUUAGUGUUGUUGCCGAUUCGUUAAGAGCCAAGAAACUUCUCGUGUCAAGCAAAUCAACAGAAGGUUCAAAUAACAGCUCAAAUGGGAUUCCGAUCGCUUCCGUUGCUGCCGCUUUUCCCAGCGGUUUGUAUCCGUUGGAAUCUAAAAUUAGUGAGAUUAAUUUCGCUACUCGAAAUGGAGCUACUGAAAUCGAUAUCGUUAUCAGUAGAUACUUAGUACUGCAACAUCGCUGGACUGAAUUAUUUGAAGAAAUCAAAGCUCUCAAGGAAGCAUGUGGUAGUGCAAAAAUGAAAACAAUCUUGGCUGUGGGUGAAUGCGGUUCAUUAGAGAAUGUUUAUAAGGCUUCAAUGGUUGCCAUGAUGGCAGGGACUGAUUAUAUUAAAACUUCUACUGGUAAGGAAGCCGUGAAUGCUACUUUCACCUCAGGACUUGUGAUGUGUCGUGCGAUUAAAAAUUUUUAUAUCAAGACUGGCAAAAAGAUUGGUUUUAAACCUGCCGGUGGAAUACGUACGGCAGAAGAUUCAUUAAAAUGGAUCAACCUGGUAAUCACCGAAUUGGGCGCUGAUUGGUUAUCGUUGUUUAGAAUCGGAGCUUCCGGUGUAUUGAAAAGUAUCGAACAAAGGUUACAUCAUAUUAAUCCGUGACUGAUAUUAUUUUAAGCUUGUCGUAUAUAGUAAGUAAUAAAAUUUUUCACAUUAUUUAUACCAAUUA